GGAAGUCGGAAGACGGAAGACGGAAGGCAGACGGCUGUAUGACGUCAGCGGACGAGGGGAGGGUUCAGUUGAAGUACCGGUUACGCCUGGGACGAGCUCGACACCGCCACGGGGGCACAGCCACCCCGAGCCCUCCAUCGGGCAUCGCCAUGCCAUACCUUCGAAACUCUCCUCCUUCUAGAACCACCACUCGAUUCAUCCCACCGCUAGUUGCCAGCCAUCAUGUCCUGGGCAGGAUUCAAGAAAAAUGUCAACCGCGCUACCACGCAGGUGAUGAUGAAGACGGGGCAUGUCGAACGUACCAACGAUCGCGACUAUGAGAUUGAAGAACGUCGGUAUCGGACCAUGGAAGCCGCCGCCAAUCGGCUACAGAAAGAGGCGAAGGGAUAUCUGGACUCUCUGCGAGCCAUGACGGCCUCCCAGAUGCGCAUUGCUGAGACCAUCGAUGCAUUCUACGGCGAUGCGGGAACCCGCGAUGGGGUGAGUCGGAGCUACAAGCAGGCCGUCGAAGAUUUGGAUGCCGAAACGAUUAAGGCUUUGGAUGGACCGUACCGAUCAACCGUGCUGGAGCCCAUUUCCCGGUUCUGCGCAUACUUCCCCGAUAUCAAUGAAUGCAUUAAGAAGCGCAACCACAAGUUACUCGAUUACGAUUCGAUGCGCGCCAAGGUGAAGAAGCUGGUUGAGAAGCCCGACAAGGAUGUCACGAAGCUCCCUCGGAUGGAACGCGAGACCGAGAUCGCCAAGCAAGCAUAUGAGCAGCUGAACGAACAACUCUUUAAUGAACUGCCACAGCUGAUCGAUCUGCGCGUGCCGUACCUGGACCCCAGUUUCGAGGCUCUGGUGAAGAUCCAAUUGCGGUUCUGCGCGGAGGCAUAUUCGCGCAUGGCCCAAGUACAGCAGUAUCUGGAUGCGGAGACGAGAGAUCAAUACGCCCGGGGCGAUCUGGAUAAUCGGGUUGAAGAGGUGUUGCAAGAGAUUCGGGAUUUGAGCAUAGCGGGAACUGUCUGAUCUUUCUGUAUUGCUGUGGGGUGGUUUUAUUUUAGUGCUUGUUCUAUUACCCUGUGUGCUGACUCCUUUUUUUUUGAUAGCCG